UCGGUCACAGAUGACAGGCGACACAUGCAUGCAUGUUGGUGGGGUGCCGUUUCGUAUUUAUUUCAUAGUUGUUCACUUGAUUUCCCCGCUGUGUCAGAAGAAAUCAAGGUAAAAUGUUCAUCACUCCGCGGCCUUGUAUUCGUGGAGGUUAGCUUAAGUGGUGUGCAGCACCACUUAGUCUAACUUAAGCUAAAAGCUACUGGAUAGCGGUUGAUGAAUUGGCUUCGGCGUAGGUGGAUGUGCGCAUUAGAAGUUGUUUGCGAUAUCAACAUAUUUGGCGAGCUUACAAUCUUUUUCUGGCUGUGUGUGAUCGACAAUAACUGGCACCUGUUCUCACCUCGAUGGUAAUUGCUGAAGGUCUUUGUGCAAGCUGAGUGAAAUCCAUUAGAUGAUGUGAAGAUGCCAGCUGGUGUGUCUUGGUCUCGAUACAUUAGGAUGUAUGGAGCUUGUAUUCUGGCUAUGUUUGCAGGAGCGCAGGCUGUCCACCAGUACUACCAACCUGAUCUGAGUAUACCAGAGAUUCCACCCAGGCCAGGGGAGCUAAGGACAGAACUCCUGGGGUAUAAAUCCAGGGAAGAGGCUGCUUCAGCCAUACAGGAGCUAAAAUCUAAACAGAAGCUGGACUGAUUAAGGAUUCUGUCUCCUCAGUGAUGGAGUGCAUACUGAAUCUCUGAUGUUUGCCAGCAGCUAUAUACAUUAGGCUUGCCUAGUUAUAACAAAGUUCUGAGUACCUUACCAACCAUGAGGAUAUUUGUUUUUCAGGAGCAUCAUCCAUCAAGUCUCCUCUAAAAUAACUAGAUGAAAGAGAAUAACUUGCUGGUAUACGGCUGCUAAGGAUAAGGACAUUUGGUGUGAGAGUUGGAGAGCUGUGGAGCUUUUACACAAUAGUUCACUGGAAGUUGAGUUUUGGAACAAAACUAAAUGGUUUAUGCAAUCCUUUAUCAAAUCUUUUGUCGAUCAUAAAUCAGUACACCUGAUAAUACUUUUCUAGAAAUGUUCAUAUUGUCAGAAUAAGUGAAGCAAGAUCUAAUGCUUCAAGUAAACACUCAGGCAGUGAUUAAAGGUACACUAAAUUCUAACAAGUUAAGUUUACUUAAAAAAAUUUAGGAAACAUUACGUUGGGGAAAGUAAGUAAAUGAACUUAAUUGUGUCAAAUUAUUUGAAAUGAUUUUAUGUGAAACGAUUUCACAUAACUUGACACAGUUAAGUUCAUUUACUUACUUUUCCCAAGGUAAUUGGUUUCCUAAAAAUUUUAAGUAAGCUUGUUAGAAUUUACAGUGUAGGAUAAGAUGGCAAUAUAUUAUUAUAUUCAGCAUAUAAAAGUGUCAUUAUAUUGUUUAUGUCUCCAUGUUGUCUUAACUUCCUUUCUAAAAAAAUUUUGAUUUUUCUGAAAAUUGACAGCAGAGGAAUUUUCAUCUCCUGCUGUGGGUAGGUAUUUUCAACUUCAAUGCAAAUACAAUCUGUUUUAUCAAGUACCUGAUGUUAAAAGCUCAUCAAAACAUUUGUAGUUUUUCUGUUCGUUUUGUCUCGUCUAAUGGUAUGGGUUUAGUGUGUGUUUAGGCCUUAUUGAUAAUAAAAUACAAG